AUGGAAUUCAGAGGAAUGAGAGGCGAUGGAGUUGGGGCUCGAUCUCUUUCUUCAGUGAGGCCGCCGGCGCAUCGCAAGCUCUUGCCGGGGAUCUCGGAAGUGCCAGUGUCUGAUGCUGUGGAAGACUCCUGCACAGCCCGCACGGGCUCGUCGCAGGCCUGCUAUCGCUUCCGAUGGUGCCGAAGCCAUCGAAUCUGCAGCGCCAUAGCUCUCUCACCGCUCUCUUUGAGCUCUUUGGGGACAAGCUCUCACACUGGUGUAAAUCAUCACAGAGCUGGUUUUCUUUAUCAUAAUUUCUCUUCAUCAACUGAUGGGCCUUCUGAUGUUGUUGGAGAGGGUAGUGUGCUGUCAAAUAGGGAAAGCUACACAGAGGUGGACAGGACAGUGAGGGAGAAUGUGAGUCUUCACAUUGAUAGUGUCUGCCAAAUUUUAAAUGGUAGGCCUUGGGGACUGGAUGUGGAAAGUGCGCUUUCUGUAAUCGAUCACAAAUUCCAUCCAGAUUUGAUCAUUGGUGUCUUGCGGAGGCAGAAGGAUUUUCAUUUAGCAAUAAAUUAUUUCAGGUGGGUUGAAAGAACAAGUGGCCAGCCACAUACUCCAGAGGCAUACAAUCUGCUUCUUAUGAUAAUGGCUAGGAACAAGAACUAUGAACUUUUGGAGAAGGUCCUGGAAGAAAUGUGCCUCAUUGAAUGUGGGCCAUCUACCAACGCCUGCAUUGGGCUGAUCACCAGCUUGGUCAAGUCCAGGAAGUUGAGGGAAGCUGUAAAAGUUAUAGAAACUAUGAGGAAAUUUAAAUUCCGACCAGCUUUUUCUGCAUAUACAACUUUAAUAGGUGCGCUUGCUGAGGCCCAUGAACCUGAUUUGGCACUUAACCUUUUCCAUGAAAUGCAAGAAUUAGGAUAUGAAGUGAGUGUGCAUCUGUUUACAACUUUGAUUCGAGUCUUUGCAAGGGAUGGUAGACUUGAUGCAGCCCUCUCCUUACUUGAUGAGAUGAAGAGCAACGCAUUUGAUGCAGAUCUUGUUCUCUAUAAUGUCUGCAUAGAUUGUUUUGGGAAGGUAGGUAAGGUGGAUAUGGCCUGGAAGUUUUUCCAUGAGAUUAAAGCACAAGGCUUGACCCCAGAUGAUGUAUCAUAUACUAGCAUGAUCGGAGUUCUCUGCAAAGCGAAUAAACUGGCUGAAGCUGUUGAAUUGUUUGAUCAUAUGGAGCUAAACAAACAAGUUCCUUGUGCUUAUGCAUAUAAUACAAUGAUCAUGGGCUAUGGCUCUGCUGGUAAGUUUGAAGAUGCCUACAGGUUAUUGGAAAGGUUGAAAGAGAAGGGAUGCAUACCAAGUGUUGUUUCAUACAAUUCACUUCUCACUUGCCUUGCGAGAAAAAGAAGAGUUGAUGAGGCUCUGAAGGUCUUUGAGGAGAUGAAGAAAGAUGCUGAACCCAAUCCCUCAACUUACAAUAUUCUUUUAGACUUGCUUUGCAGUACUGGAAAAUUGGAAGAUGCCUUUAGAAUUCGUGACACCAUGGAAGGUGCUGGAUUGUAUCCUAAUUUAUUAACUGCUAAUAUUAUGAUAGAUAGGUUAUGCAAGUCUCAGAAGUUUGAUGAAGCAUAUCACAUAUUUGAAAGCAUCAAUCAGAAAGGCUUCAGUCCUGAUGCAGCCACAUACUGUUCUUUGAUUGAUGGCUUGGGCCGAUAUGGGAAGACUGAAGAGGCAUAUGAAUGGCUUGAGAGGAUGUUGGAUGCUGGCCAUACUCCUAAUGUUGUUAUUUAUACAUCAUUGAUUAAGAAUUUCUUUAAGUAUGGCAGAAAUGAAGAUGGACAUAAAAUCUUUAAGGAAAUGAACCGUAGAAGCUGUUGUCCUGAUCUAACCCUUCUUAAUACUUAUAUGGAUUGUGUUUUCAAGGCAGGGGAAACCGAGAAGGGUCGUGCUCUAUUUGAGGAUAUCAAAGCUCGUGGCUUUACUCCUGACUCGAGAAGCUAUUGUAUAUUGAUUCAUGGUCUCACCAAAGCUGGCCAUGCACGAGAGACAUAUAAAUUGUUCUAUGCCAUGAAGGAACAAGGUUGUGUCAUGGAUGUCUUUGUUUACAACACUGUUAUUUAUGGUUUUUGUAAGUCAGGUAAGGUGGACAAGGCUUACCAGCUUCUUGAGGAAAUGAAAGCAGGAGGGCAUAACCCCACUGUAGUUACAUAUGGUGCUGUAAUUGAUGGUCUUGCUAAGAUUGAUAGGCUUGAUGAGGCCUAUAUGCUCUUUGAAGAAGCAAAAUCAAAAGAAAUGGUACUAAAUGUGGUGGUCUAUACAAGUCUUAUCGACGGUUUUGGAAAAGUGGGAAGAAUAGAUGAAGCUUACCUAAUUAUGGAAGAAAUGAUGCAGAAGGGUUUAGUUCCCAAUGUUUACACUUGGAAUUGCCUAAUUGAUGCUCUUGUGAAAGCUGAAGAAAUUAGUGAAGCUCUUGUUUGCUUUCAAUCAAUGAAAGACAUGAAAUGUGCUCCUAACACCUAUACUUACAGCAUUUUGAUAAAUGGCCUUUGCAAAGUGCAGAAAUACAAUAAAGCUUUCGUUUUUUGGCAAGACAUGCAAAAACAAGGCUUAGUUCCGAGCGUUGUGACAUACACUACCAUGAUCCAAGGGCUUGCAAAGGUUGGAAAUAUUAAUGAAGCUAAAGGCCUCUUUGAUAAAUUCAAGGCUAAUGGUGGUAUCCCCGACUCAGUUUGCUUUAAUGCACUUAUAGAAGGCAUGAGCAAUGCCAAUCGAGCCCUGGAUGCCUUUCAGGUUUUUGAGGAAACUCGGCUAAGGGGGUGCAAGAUUAAUGCAAAAACUUGUAUUUUUCUUCUAGAUGCAUUGCAUAAAGCCGAAUGUCUUGAGCAGGCUGCCAUUGUUGGUGCUGUUUUAAGGGAAAUGGCGAAGUCUCAGCAUGCUGCUCGAUCCUUAUAGUGUGUAAAGAAUAAACUGCUUCUUCGAUGCAAAGUUCAACUGUGAUUGCACAGGAUAAGCUCUUGUUCAAUAAAAGAAGAUGCAUGAAGAGAAGAAAAGAUGACUCACUUUGUACCAAUACAUUAACCUGAAUACAGAGUGUGCAAUGCCUCCAUUCAAUGUAACUGUUUUUGUCCAAGGAUAAGAACUAUUGAGUUUUAUUUUUCAGCUCAUUUUGAUCUCUCAAUUUGUAUCAGUUUUCAAA